AAAAAAAAAAAAGAAAGGUAAACAAUCCCAAGGAAGUGGAGUUCUGAUGAAGCCAAAGAUGCAAUUUCUGACUCUGCUGAGUCUCAGAGAGCAACACCAGCACAGCAGAUCGAUAUUCUUCUUCGUGUUAUGGACCUUGGAGGAUCCACUUCAGGAUAAGGAUACAAAACAAGCAAGAGGUACCAGGAAGCACCGCUGAUCCGGACAGACACCCUUUGCCUGCUGCUGCCCCACACUCAACAGGGAGCUGCUGAGGAGCUGCAUGCUCCAUCCUGGGAUUCUCUGAGCACUGACUGCCCAUCCACUGUGACCACAGCUGGGUGACACAUCCCACUGCCUGCCCACUGUCCAUCCAUGAACAUGAGCACUGUGUCUCCACUGCCCAACUCAACCACUGAAAGAUAUGAUCCAUGUAAGUUGGAUGACGCUAAGGUGACCAUGUCACUUGUCACAUUGCUCGUCUGCCUCUGUGGUCUGGCUGGGAACGGGGUUGUCCUCUGCCUCCUUGGAUUCUCCAGCCGCAGCAAACCCAUCACUGUCUACAUCUUCCACAUGGCCAUCACUGACUCGGCUUUUCUCCUCCUCAUCAUCAUUGGCACCCUCCUGGUGAGGGAGAUACCCUGCUUCCGUAACAUGCCCAUGAAGUAUGCAGCGUUGCUUGAGCAGCUGUUUCUGUUCUUCUACGACCUGGGGCUGUACCUGCUCACAGCCAUCAGCUUCAACAGGUGCAGGUCCAUCUUCUGCCCUCUCCGCUGCCACUGCCAGCGUUCCCAGCACCAGUCGAUGGUGGUGAGUGCCAUGCAAGGAGCCAUCUCCAUCGCUGUCAUUCCCACGCUGACUUCGCUGUUCCUGAACCCGGAGAGUGAUGCGUUCCGUAUGAUUUCCAGCAUCAUGCAUUACAUAAGCUUUCUCUUCUGGGCUUCCUCCAUGGUCAUGUCCAGCAUAUCCCUCUUCUGUAAGUCCAAGUGUGCUUCCCAGCAGCAGCAGAAACACAAGAGGCUCGACAUCACUGUCUUCCUCAUGGUGCUCUUUGCUCUGCCUCCAUACCUCUGCAUUUCCCACCGUCUGCCAGUGAACUCUCUGUACACCGAGAUUAUUUUCCUGCUCACCUGCAUCCACUGCACCAUCAAAUUCGUCAUCUACUUCUCCGUGGGGAGCUGUGGGAGGCCCUGCUCUGUGGGGUCCCCACGGCUCUCCCUCCAGAGGGUUUUGGGGGAGCCAGAAGAAAACACCGCCAGCAGCACCGAUGCCAGCACAGACACGGUGGUCUGAGCCUGCAAGCAGCACAUUGGAGCAUGGCUUUCCUUUUUCCUCAUGGGUCCCAGAACACUCUCCGCCCAAAGAGAACCUUCCCAACAUGGCUGUGAUCCCAAAAAAACGCCUGACACCUGGUUCCUGUACCCCACUSCGGUCUGAUAUCAAUAAAGAGCAUCGUGAACCCUGAGCUGCCUUGGCCCCGUCUGCCAGCGCUUGCCGCCUUCCUCUGGCUCCUGCUGCCAGCCGGGAAUGGGGGUGGAGGGAGGGGACACAGCCAUGGCUUGUGCUCCCUGCAGCAAACAUGAUCCCCAGUGCCCAGAGCUGGGAUGGCAGYGGCACAGCCGGCAUGGACAGGAUGGCCCAGGGGCUCAGCAUUCCCCGCUGGCUGCUCUGGGAGUGUCACAGCAAAC